GUUGGUGCUGGCGAAAUGAUCUCUGAUUUCUAUCGAAAAGGACACAGAGCAAGAGGAGGGGGGAAAUCAGCGAACGCAGCGAGUUUCCUCUGCAAGUUCAGGGAAGUUUAUAAAGUCUGUGUAACUUCCUCUCGGGUGCGUCCAAUUCCUGCCACCUUGGGAGAAAGAGGGACCCCCGCCCCCUCGGGCUCCGGGUGAAAACCCCUCUCUGGACAUCUCUGCCUCUUUCUCCGCACGAUCAGGUUCCCUUUAACGUGUCCUCCGAGGCGCUCCUCUUGGCACCCGGCUGCGCUCUGCCCAGUUGGCAACGAGCGCACGUCGAAAACACCUCGGCCAGUUUGUUACGGGUGUUAUUUCCGACGGAUUCUGUUUAAAAGGGGAUUUUCUUUUUUUCUUUUUUUAGGAGAGAGAGAGAGAAACAUUUUUUCAAAAAAACCUAAGAGGGCAGGCAGGAAGGAGCUCUUGCAAAAAAAGCAAAUAUAUGACUCAACAAUGUUUGUGUUUUGGUUCUGGGUUUUUCGUUGCGCGCGCGGCGGAGCUACGUCCGAAGGCUUGAGCGCCGUCGUUGCCAAGCGGCGGCCGCUCGGCAGGGGGCGCUGCGCGGGGUCCGAAAAAGUCUCCUGCCGCUGUCGGCGGAGUCGGCGGGGAUUGUGAACACAAUGUUAAAAAGCGGCCGGGGAGUCCGAGGAGCCCUCAAAGCCCCUGCGCGAGCCGCCCGGAGCCCGCCGAGCUCUGUCUGCUGCUGCUGCUGCUUCAGACGGCGAGGACGGCGACGGCGAGAGGAUGGAGCUGAGGGCGGCCGCGGCUCUUUGCCUCUACUGCCUCUGGAGCGCUUGCCGCCUGCGCCCGUGGCAUCUGGACGCCGCAGCCGUCAGGCCCCUGCUACCCGCCUCAGCAGCGCAAGCGGCAGCCGCCGCCGCCGCCGAGAACCUCGACGUCAGAGACGCCGCCGCCUCGGCAGCCUGGAAGGCGAAGCGCGAAGGCGCGUUCCGCAACGGCACGGUGGUGCCUCACGACUACAUGGUAGCGCUUUACCACAGCCUGGCCCGGAGCAAGGAGCCUCCUGUGCCCGCCGUCGAAGGUGGCGGACGAGCGGACACCGUCACAGGCUUCGUAGACCAGGCGCAGCCGCCAGAUGACUCUCCGUCGGAAGCGGCGCAGCGCUACCUCUUCGACAUCUCCAGCCUUCCCGAGCUGGACGAGGUGGUGGGCGCCGAGCUGCGGAUCCUGCGCAAGCCCCCGGGAAACCGGAGCUUGGCCACGUCCCCAGAAGGCCUCCUCCACCGGCUGCUGCUCUCCUCCUGUCCGGAAGGGGAAAGCCACCAGCCAGGCCUCUUAGACUCCAGGGCCGGCGACCUGUUGGACUCGGAAGGCCUUUCUUCCUCGUCGCCCAACAAGUGGGAGGUCUUCGACGUGUGGGCAGCCUUGACGGGCGGGGCCGAGGAAGGCGGCAGCCUCCGCCACCCCCGUCCGCCGCUUUGCUUCCUCCUGAGGGUCGUCUCGGAGCAGUCCGGGAGACUCCUCCCGCCGGGACAGCUGGGCUUCCGCAGAGAGCAGCCGUCGGAGCCGCACGAGAGGGCGUUGCUUGUGGUCUUCUCGCGUACCAAGCGGAAGGAGAACCUCUUCAAGGAGAUCCGAGAGAAGAUCAAGGCUCUGGGCGGCGGUCCCGGGCUCUUGCUGGAGCCCCCCGACUCGGGACAAGAUCCCCUAGCCAAGCAGAAGCGCCGCCGCCGUCGGAGGACCACGCUGGCGGGCCGGGCGGCCGGGGGGCGAGGCCACGGCAAGAAGGCCAAGAGCCGCUGCAGCCGGAAAGCCCUGCACGUCAACUUCAAGGAGCUGGGCUGGGACGACUGGAUCAUCGCGCCGCUGGACUACGAGGCAUACCACUGCGACGGCGUGUGCGACUUCCCUCUGCGCUCGCACCUGGAGCCCACCAACCACGCCAUCAUCCAGACGCUCAUGAACUCCAUGGACCCCGACGCCACGCCGCCCAGCUGCUGCGUGCCCUCCAAGCUCAGCCCCAUCAGCAUCCUGUACAUAGACUCCGGCAACAACGUGGUUUACAAACAGUACGAGGAUAUGGUGGUGGAGACGUGCGGGUGCAGGUAGCGGCGUCGGAAGAAACAAGGCCU